GAUGUCUAGAGGGUCUUGCUCUAUGUGUGGUUCCGGACGUAGGAGCUACCGGACGACAGGAGACCGCCGUACCGGCUCACCGAGAGGCAGUACGAUGCGUAGGACGAGUUCGAACAAUUAGCCAAGGCCGUGGUAGAAGGGGACUCCGACACUACGUCGGAUACGCUCCGGCCGGUAGCACUUAAAAUGCUCGUUAGCAUGCUGGACCACCAGCUUAAGAGAGGGCAGUACGAGAACGCGAUAGUGAGCACGCUCGCUAUAAUAGGCAUCCGGGCCGACGGUGGCUAGAUGGAUAUUACCGACUAUACAACAAAGUAUUCGGCGAUCAUUAAAGUAGCACGUAUGUUAGUCGUUUAUAAGGCAUAUACGCAGAGGCAAUACGAUGUCGCUCGUCAGGCCGCUACGACGGACGAGGGGGCGGCCGAUGAUGGCAUAGAGAGUCUCUUUGUCUACGUCCGUCGCAUGGUACAGAGGUUCAUGAUGCGUACGCCCGGGGCCCCCCAAGCCGAGCCAACACCGAUGGAUUGGAUUCUCGAGACGCGGACGUAUGGCAUGCACAUAUAGUAUAACACGCCGGUAGACGGCGUAAUCGACUGGGUAGGCGACCGCAUAUCGUAUCGGUGCGUACGGUUUACCAUGGACCAGUUAUCGGAUAUGCUCCACGGCGUCGUCGACGAGGCCAGGCUGCUAUUAGCGCAGCUCACGAUG